AUAUUACUGAAAACCCAUUUAUUUCACAUUAAACAUACAUGGAUGUUUGAAGCCUUUACUCCUGUUGAUUACAGUCAUUUUCCAUUUACAGGUAAUGAAACCAUGACAUUUAAAAUUUGAAAAUUACAUCAAAGCAAUUAAAAAAAGGUACUUUUAAUCAGACCAACGAACCUCAUUUGAACAAAUGUCCAAAUUUAUUGAAUGUGAUUGAAUUAACAAAAUGUUAAUUUAUAGUUAAUUUCGGAAAGUGUGGAAAUGUACUUCUCUAUUUUUUUCCCCACACUCAUCUAGACUCACAAACAGAGCCAGCCUGAGGCAUGUGCGAUGUAAGCAGCUGCUUAGCACGUCCCCCAACACCACCAGGGGGCUCCCAAGAACAUAAUUUUUUAUUUUGUAGCUUAGUUUGCGCAUUUUCCACAUUCUACACAUCUGUUCCAAAUUUCAAAAAAAUACAUUAAACCUGCUAACUUGUUUACUGUAAAUUAAGCGUUUGUCUAAUUAAUUGAGCAUCUUUGCUUGUUAGCUACUCCUGUAAGGUUCUAAUCAACAGUAACUUGUCACACCAAAAGGUCAUCUGCUGUUAACAUGUUGGGCCGCAAAUUAAAAUCUGCUCACUGCCCCAAAAAUACUUGUGGACAACCCUGCCUGGAAACCCUUAAAUUUACUUCCAGCCUUUUCCAGGCUCUAAAGGAGCCCAAAGGCUUUUAUUUUGAAAAGCAGUACUCCCACCGGUGAGCACAGACGCUGCUAAGGAGAAGAGAAGGAUUUACUGUGUGUGUGUGUGUUUCAUACACGGCUGCAUUAAAGCAGGAGCUGCUGCAGCUGCACACACACAUCGAACUUCCUCCUCCUCCUCUUCCUCUCUCUUUUUACCUCCUUCUCUUCUUCAUCACUGCAGUUCUCUCCGACGGCAGGUCCACUGGAUGGUGGAGACCUUUUAUUCCUCCCUUCAUCAUAUAGAUAUAUAUACACGCAGAGAGAAUAAGAGAGAGAGAGAGAGAGAGAGGAAGAGAAAGAGACGACAGACCUACACACUCACGCAGGACCGCGGGAUCGCUGUCCGGGCUGUUCGGGACGCGCGGGGGACGCCACGCAUUCUCCGGAUUUCAGCGGACCUCGGUAACCUCAGACUCCCUCUCCAUCUGCCGGACUGCUGCUUUUAAAGUGCUGGUUGUGACUGAGGCGGAGCGACACGGAAAAGAAGAGCGGACAACUUGAUUAUAGGCAAUUGAACUGAUUAGAUGAUAGGCCUGAUGUGGAUUUGUCAAAGAUGAACCGCGUCGAGACGAUGCGCUGAGACGCAAACGGCCCAGGCUCUCCGGUUGUGCGCUCAUCCAGAGGCUACAGCUAACGGAGAGAGAAAGAGGGGGGUGGACUGCGGAAGAAAAGAGAGAGGGGAAGAAAAAAAACACAAGAGGUGUCUGAUCCAUAAAGGUUGUGCCUGACUCAAAAAGGAGCGAGUCUCGCCCCUGGAACAGGGGGCGGAUCAGCGGAGAGGUAGAAGUCUAUCCAAACGAUGGCCACCCUACUGCGGAAGAUCGGUCUGAUCCGUCUGCACGACCGAGACACGGAGGAUCCGAAGCACCACCAGGGCUCGCUGAAAGGGUCUAAGGGGAACCAGAAGAACAACGCCAACAAACACUGUCAGACCGCCAACGAGACCAACCUGCUGAGCACCCCGGAGAUCAAGGCGAGGAAGCUGGACCAGCACGGCAAGGACAAGCCGACCGGCAAAGACAAGCAGGGCAAGGAUGCGAAGGAGAAGCAGCAGACGGUGGGUGGAGGAGGAGGAGGAGGAUCAGGAGGAGGAGGGGGUGGCGGCGGAGGAGGAGGUGGCAGCGGCGGGAGCAAAUCCUCCAGCGCCUCCUCCGUGCCGCCGCUGGCGCCUCACCGGCAGCACUGCACCCAGGUGCGGACGCGACGGCUGAUGAAGGAGCUGCAGGAGAUCCGGAGGUUAGGGGACAACUUCAUCACGGUGGAGCUGGUGGAGGACAACCUGUUCGACUGGAACGUCAAGCUGCACCAGGUGGACAAGGACUCGGCGCUGUGGCAGGACAUGAAGGAGACCAGCACCGAGUUCAUCCUGCUCAACGUCACCUUCCCCGACAACUUCCCCUUCUCGCCACCGUUCAUGCGGGUCCUCACGCCGCGCCUGGAGAACGGCUACGUGCUGGACGGCGGGGCCAUCUGCAUGGAGCUGCUGACCCCGCGCGGGUGGUCCAGCGCCUACACGGUGGAGGCGGUGAUGAGGCAGUUCGCUGCCAGCCUUGUAAAAGGACAGGGCCGUAUUUGCAGGAAAUCAGGAAAGUCCAAGAAAGCUUUUAGUCGUAAAGAGGCCGAGGCCACAUUCAAGUCCCUGGUGAAGACCCACGAGAAGUACGGCUGGGUGUCCCCACCCAUUUCCGACGGCUGAGUGUCUGGCCGCCAUCCCUCCACCCGCCCGUGCUAGCCGGAGAUUAGAAGAAGAAGAAGAAAAAAAAAAAAAAACAAGCUAGCCUCGACACGCAAAACACACCAUGCUAACUCAAAAAUGACUCAUCUUCACUUUUGGCUGUUUCACGCAACGUUUUUUUUUUGGUAAUGUUUUUUCAUUAUUACUGUCACCACACUACUGCAGAAGCAUUUUUUUGUUGUUUUUUUCUUCACAGUCUUGUCCAGGGAAUCUUUCUGCUAGCUCAGAAAGAGGCAGAAGAGCAAGGAGCGUGUUCGUGUAUGAAUGUUUCACUUUAAAAGAAAUCAGCUGGGAAUGUGCGCUACUUCCAUGGGAUUUAUUUAUUUCUUUUCUUUCUUUUUUUCCCCCCAGCACACACUUAUGUAGGUGCAGCCGGACAAAUCGGAUAUGCUAACUUUUUUUUCCACCCAUGUGAAAGACUACUGAAUAAAGGAGACUCAUCUUUCUCACCAGUCCUCUCUUUAGCACUGAACCGGCCACAGCCAACCAUUAGUGUAGCUCUCGGGUCAUUUGCAUACAAAUUAAGCUGUUAAUGUUUAAUAGACGGGCAGUGCACUGGCAUUCAUACCCACUUGUUCCCUCAUUCGUUUAGUUUUUUCCCCCUCUUGCUUUCGACUGUGCCGUUGCUCACAGUUCAAUGCAACAUAACGAUUGUAAUUUACAUGGAGCUGUGCUCUUACUCUUUCUUCUUUAACUUGCUUUGUUUCUCUUUCUCUCUAUUUCCUUCUCUUGUGGCUAAACGUAGAGCUGUGUUAUGUAGAUGGAUUUUUUAAAAAGUCACACGUUGCUUUAUGCAAAGACCUUGUAUGAUAAACAGAAUGACAGUCACCUUCUUUCUUUCUCUCUCUCUCUCUGCAUUCAUGUUAGCUUGUCUGUAGGAGUGGAAGGAGGAUAUAAUUCCCAUGAUUUAGAUACCAGAUGGUACAGCUGAAGGCCGGGCCUCAGUGUGUCUGUGUGUGUGUGUGUGUUUACGAAGAGACAACCCUUUAAACGGUGAAACACGUGGCUAACUGUCGAGUGACGCUACGACUUGAAGGGAGCGCUAAUUUCUUUAGCUAAACCACUAGCCGUCUUGACCCACUGUCCGUGUCAUUACGUUAAACAUGAGUGGAGUUUUAACCGUAGACAGUGUCUGUCGACCCUUCACGUAAAGAAGAAAAAUGUUAGCAGGGAAAAAAAAGAAAGGAAAAACCUUUUAGCUCCACACAAGGCGUUUGACCUCACCGUAACGUUGACGUGGCACCGACGCUUCGAAACGGGAGCUGCGGAGAGUGGACCGGCGCUUUAAGUGAACGAAUGCAUCAGAGAACUCCUGAUUGUUGCGGCAGGGAGAAAAGGAGGACGGGGAAGGGAAGAAGAAGAAGAACAAGAAGAAGAAGAUGAUAAGGGGAACUGAGCGCUCUUUGAUCACUGCCGGCUGCUUUUGGGAAAAUGUCAGGUGGCUUUGCAAAGCGGCUGAGCGACGGGUAUUAUUUGCUCCACCCGUUGAGUUCUUGAGGUCCAUUCUUUUGAAAGGAGUUUCUAGGCGCCGGAAACCAAGCGCACACCCACAGUAUCAGUCAUGGGCCUUCUGGGCAGAGCGUCCGUCCCUCCGUCCGGUCCGGUUUGUUUUGCUACGUUCCAGGUAAAUGUCAGAGGAAAGGCCGCUAAUUGGUCUGACAUUUCCGCAGACCGUCAUUAGAAAAGAGCAGCGAGAGCAGGACGUCAAGCCUCGCGCUGGGCACUGACAUAUCGUCGCUUUCCUCUCCCGUUUCGCUUUCGAAGCGAGGGAUCGGCCUGUUCGUGGCAAGAUGUAGCUAAAUGAUAAGUUCUGACGAGCUGAAUCGUGGUUCGCGGCCGAUAGCAAACAUCCGUGAGCAAAAAAAAAACGUCAACCGAGACACACCAUCUGGUAUGUGAUCAUGCUCUAAAGCGUGCUAGUGUUUUUUUCUUUUUACGAGUUUGGCUCGUCUUUUCAGACAAAACUGUAAUCUGAAUAAUUGUUACUACAAAAUAUCUCAAAAUCUGAGUGUUUGCUGGUUCCAAGAGAAACCUUUUUUGUGACAUAGUUUAGACUGGUAGUUUGCAGAAACUAACUGGGUUAACUGACUAUUUGUAAUAUAUCUGCAUGUUACGUGGUUGGUAGCUAGCUACUGUAUAUCGUUUUUCAAGAAAAACAGAGAAAACUAAAAUGCAAAUGCUUCUCUUUUCUUUAUUUUAAUUUAUAUUAAUAUUUUUGUUCUUUUUUUGUUUUGAGUCCUGUACUGUAUGGACUUUCUAUUUCUUUCUAAAUGUCCUGAAUGAAAAAAAAAAAAAAGUCGCAUUGUGUUGAAUGUUUGUGUUUUAAUUUAUUUGUGGUUUGCCAAAACGAUGAUUUUGAAGCAUGUUGCAGGAAAUGUCACCGGAAAAUGAGAAAAAAAAAAAAAAAGUAAACAAACAAUAAAAGAAAAAAAAAGAUAGCUUAUGUAUUUGUGCGAUAGGGGGAAGGUGUGUUUUCGUUGGGGGUGAAAAAAGAUUAAGGGAGGGCAACACAUUCACUCGCUCCUUCCUGUUCCCCCCCCGUUGGUCACCACUGCCCCUUCCCCGUUGGUCCUAAUGGACACACUGAUUUGGCUGGAGUGUAAUGCAGUCAACACAGCCUGGACGCAGGCGACCCUGAGCAACAGAUCUAGGAUCAGUGACUUCUCAAGGGAAUCUGACCCGUGAUCCGCUUACUUGCGAGCAACUUUUUUCUUUUUUCUUUUUCUUUUUUUUUUUGUGUGUGUGUCCCACUCCUAGCUUGAAAGCGUUUGGUCAGAGACCGAGGUCUUAAAAAGUUCAAAAGGUGAAAGGUCGUUGCAAGACCAAACAGGAAUGUGCAAUAAAAAUGACAUCUUAUUCAAACCCGACUGAUCUGGUGGUUUUGUUUCUUAUUUUGAGUCCCGAGCUACACUUUCAUGCAUUUUAAUGACCCACUUCAGGUUGCUGUGUCCUCUGCCCGGCCUCCCCUGCAUUGUCCCACUUUUGUGCUCGGUAGGGGCAGAGCUUAAAAACCCCCGUCGGUCGAGAAAAGGGCUGGAAGCACCAGCCCUCUGUGCUUUUAUGAGCCGCUUUGCCAGCCUGAUGGAGAUUUGCUGUUUCUUCUGUGCGAACAGAGCAGCUGUCUUACCAUGCCACUUUGUUUUAGUAGGGGGGGGUGGACAAAAAAUCUUGUUUGCACAAGUGAUGGGGAGACGUUUUUUGGACUGAAUAUGUAAUUUAGGAACAGUGUGCAUUAUGUGGAAUUACUGAAUUGCGACGAUCGUAUUUGAAACUACGCCAGACUGGAUUGGAACACCAAAGAAAAUGAUGAGUGGUGUGUGCUGAAAGAACAACAAAGUAUUAAAGUGUCUGUCUUGUUGGCAGUUGAUUGUUGUUAAAAAACAAAACAAUAAAAAUGGCAGUUUUGUGUUUUUCA